AUGCCGCUGCCAAUCGAGGUCUUGACACUCAUCGUGGCCAACACUGAUCCAGGCAAUCGCCAUGCGCUGCGCGCCGCAAGCCGUGACCUGCGCAGCGCCGUUGACGCGACCUGCAAAGCACUCGCGCUGCCCGGGGCGCACACCUGCAGUCCAGCUGCUGCGGUCCUCGCGCUGCAACGCGCCGCGGCGUGCUGCCACCGGUGGGGCGGCGUCAGGGCGCUCACUCUCAGAGACUUGGGCGCAGAGUGCAUGGGGCCUGCGCUGGCGCUGCUUAACGGCGCAGCUAGGCACUGCCCAGAGCUGUCCUCCAUCGCACUCUCGCGCCUGGACCGCGAUCUGUCCCUGGUACUCACCACCUGCCUGUCCAGCUGCUGCCUGGCGAGCCUGACGUCGCUGGCGCUGACGGCCCCCAACCCCAAGCAGCCGCUUCUGCUCACGCCGCUGGGCGAGCUGGCCAGCCUGACCGCCCUCACCCUUGUUGGUCGCGCCGAUGGCGCCAGCGCCGCAUGGCUCCCGCCCGGCCUGCGGCGCCUGCGGCUGGUUGCGCACAGCAUGAACCACUCGGGGAUCGGCGGCACGUCUUGGCUGGACGCCAUUGGCGCGUGCUGUGGCCUGGAGGUGCUCGAGCUGUCCUGGCUUGAUGCCCUGGACUUGGGGCCAGAACCGGACCACCCCGACGACGAGUUUGACUUCACAAAGUUUUACUCCAGCAUUGGCCAGCUCACCAACCUGCGUGAGCUGAGCGGCAUCUUCUGUCGAGUGGCUGACGGCGCCGCGGACUGCUACAGUUUUGACACCCUCGAUCCCUACCUGCUGCUGCCACAGCUGACCGCGCUGCAGCGACUCGCGCUGUACGCCGGAUUCGAAGACGAGCUCGAGCCGGUGUUCAAGGGGCCUCUGAGCAGCCUGGCAGCGCAGUGUGCGACCCUGGAGGAGCUCGCUUUCAACGUGCAGCCUGCGGCCGACGCCCACGCCGCGCUCGCGCCAUGCUUCCCGCGCCUCGACAGCCUCCACAUCACCUUCAAGGAGCACGGAUGCUACCCUACAUCGCUGCGAUCAACGUUCCCUGCCGUGAGCCGCCUGACUGAGGCUCCGCUUGAGAAGUGCCUCGAGCUUGCAAUCGCGCCGCAAAUCCGCGUGCUUGAGGUGCACGGCUGCACAUUUGAUGACGAGGUGUCGCUGAGCGCGCUGGCCACGUCGUUACGCGUCGUCUCGCGCCGCCGCCAGGGCUUCAGCGUGGUGGUUGAGCCGGGGCCGCUCUACCCUCCGCCCUGCCUGCUGCCGCCCGACAUUCUGGACGGGUGA